AUGGGUCGGUCUUCUCCUCAACAAAAUCGUCCGGUUCAUACGACUCCCUUCAUGAACCACUCCACCACUCCUUCGUACGUCUCACCGUCGCAUGAUCUCGCGCGGUCUCUCGUGGUCUCGCAUGGCCUCAAGACGGCCUCCAGAGAUACCGGAAAAGCAGUACAGUCCACUGACACGCUUUCUAGAGAUGCCAACUAUGACACCGCCAACCCUGCCUACAUCCGCAAAUACCUGCGCACCUACGGCCUCACUCCCCUCGCUCCGAGAGCUACGAAACCCAAAAGACCCUACCUCAGCACUCUCCGCAAGAACAAUGUCCACCUCUUUUACCGUCUGAUCACCGACCACUUGAGGGAGCUGACGCCUCUGAUCUACACCCCCGUCGUGGGCGAGGCAUGCCAGCGUUGGUCGGAGAUUUACCAGCAGCACGAGGGCAUGUACCUGAGUUGGGAAGAUCGUGGAAAUCUGGCUGCCGUCAUCGCCAAUUGGCCCCAGCCUGCCGUUGAGAUCACAUGCAUUACCGAUGGCUCCCGCAUCCUCGGACUAGGUGAUCUGGGCAUCAACGGCAUGGGUAUCCCCAUUGGCAAGCUCGCUCUGUACACGGCCUGUGCGGGUAUCCGCCCCGAGGCCACCCUGCCUUUGACCCUUGAUCUGGGUACUAGCAAUAAGACUCUCCGGGAAGACCCGCUGUACAUGGGUUCUCGCCGUGACAAGAUCAGCCCCGAGGAGGAGCGUGAAUUCUUGGACGAGUUGAUGUUGGCUCUGACCGAGCGUUGGCCUGGUAUUGUCAUUCAGUUCGAGGACUUUAAGAAUCCUUUCCCCGCUCUGGAGCGUUACAAGAACAACUACACCUGCUUCAAUGAUGACAUCCAGGGAACUGGCGCUGUCAUCCUCGGCGGUGUCAUCAACGCUGUCAAGCGUUCCGGUCUCGCCUGCAAGGACCAGCGUGCCGUGUUCUUCGGUGCUGGCUCCGCUGGUGUCGGUGUCGCCAAGCAGAUUGUCGACUUCUUUGUCCGCGAGGGCAUGACCGAGGAGGAUGCCCGCAACUGCUUCUAUCUUGUCGACACCAAGGGUCUCGUUACCGCUGACCGCGGUGACAAGCUCGCCGACCACAAGGUCUACUUCGCCCGCCAAGACAACAAUGGCCAGCAGUUCAAGACCCUCGAGGAGGUCGUCGACCACGUUCAGCCCACCAUCCUGAUGGGUCUCUCCACCAUGGGUGGUGUGUUCACCCCCGAGAUUCUCCGCAAGAUGGCCGAUUGGAACACCACGCCCAUCAUCUUCCCCUUCAAGGCUACUGACGGCCGUUGCCUUUUCGCCUCGGGCUCUCCUUUCCCGACCGUGUCCUUCACCAACUCCCAAGGCCAGACAAACACCUACUACCCCGGCCAGGGUAACAACAUGUAUGUGUUCCCCGGCAUCGGCAUGGGUUGCAUCCUCUCCAAGGCUGUCCGUGUCACCGACAACAUGAUCUACGCCUCCGGCGAAGCACUCUCCAAGGCCCUGACUGCCGAGGAAAUCGAGCGCGGCCUCCUCUACCCCGACAUCACCCGCAUCCGCGAGGUCAGCGUCGUCGUCGCCCGCAACGUCAUGCGCGCCGCCCAAGAAGACGGUGUUGAUCGCGAGACCGCCCUCCGCGCCAUGUCGGACAAGGACCUCGACAACUACAUCAAGUCCCGCAUGUAUGAUCCUCACACUGAGGUCCGCUCCCUCGAGCGCGAAGUUGGUCACCUCCUCUCCAGCCUGGGCAACAUGACCCCUUUCUCGUCUGGCACCCCCACUGAGGAGAUCAACGGAAACCCGUACAAGCUGUAA